UUUGCGUAAUGCAAUUCUCAAGCUAUUUCUUCAAUUCAAAUAGACAUGGGUCCCACAUCGUAAUGAUGUCAGAGGUUCUAAAACGGAACUAAUUCACCCACAACCUUUUCACCUGCACAGAUCGAGAUUUCCGACAUGGCGCGGAACACAGCAGACCUUGUAGCGCAACUCGAUGUUGCUAAUCACUUUCCCUACGACUCUCUCCUCCGCUACUGCUCUUCCAACAUUUCGGGUUUCCCUCAACCCGCCACUCAGUUCACCGUUUCGCAGUUUGGGCAUGGACAAUCCAACCCUACUUACUUGUUGGAAGCGGGUUCUCAUGACUCCGUCGUGAAGCGCUAUGUUCUCAGGAAGAAACCUGCCGGGAAAUUGCUCGCUUCAGCUCAUGCCGUUGAAAGAGAAUUUCAGGUUCUCCAGGCAUUGGGUGCUCAUACCAAAGUUCCGGUUCCUAAGGUUUUCUGUUUGUGCAACGAUCCAAGUGUUAUUGGAACCGCGUUUUAUAUCAUGGAAUAUUUGGAGGGACGCAUAUUUAUUGACUCUAAGUUACCGGGUGUGCCACCUGAGAGGAGGAGCGCAAUUUACAGGGCAACUGCUAAAGCCUUAGCUUCCAUACAUUCUGCUAAUGUGGACUCCAUUGGUUUGGGAAAAUAUGGACAACGCAAUAAUUAUUGCAAAAGACAGAUUGAGAGGUGGGCUAAGCAAUAUGUUGCCUCAACCAGUGAGGGUAAACCUGCAAGUAAUCCAAAAAUGUUUGCCUUGAUUGAUUGGCUACGACAUCAAAUCCCCUCUGAAGAUUCUUCUGGAGCAACAGGUGGUCUGGUUCAUGGAGAUUUUCGCAUUGACAAUCUUGUGUUCCAUCCCACAGAGGAUCGAGUAAUUGGAAUACUUGACUGGGAACUGUCUACCCUCGGUAACCAAAUGUGUGAUGUUGCAUAUAGCUGUAUGACUUAUAUUGCAGAUAUUGGGCCUGAAAACGUGCAUGAAGGUAUGGAGCGUUCUGGACUACCUGAGGGGAUUCCUUCACUACCCGAAUAUUUGGCUGAUUACUGUUCCCUAGCAGAAAGAAAAUGGCCUGUUGCUGAAUGGAAGUUCUAUAUUGCCUUUUCUUUGUUCAGAGGCGCUUCAAUUUAUGCAGGAGUUUAUAAUAGAUGGGUUAAGGGUAAUGCAUCAGGAGGUGAGCGUGCUCGAUACACUGGAGUACUUGCUAAUGGCCUUAUAGAUGCUGCUUGGGAAUUUAUUGGACAAAAUUCCGUGCUUCCUCAGCAUCCUCCUUCAGAUGCAAAUGGACGAGAAUAUUCAAAAGAGUUUGUGAAUGGGAAUGAUGCACAGGGCCGCUCAAAUCAGGGGAAGUUUGUUCCUAGUCAAAAGGUUUUGGAACUGAGGAAAAAAUUAAUUAAGUUCAUGGAGGAACACAUUUACCCCAUGGAAAAUGAAUUUUAUGAACUUGCCCAAUCAGACUCACGCUGGACUGUUCACCCAGCAGAGGAAAAGUUAAAGGAGAUGGCAAAGAAAGAAGGCUUGUGGAACUUAUGGAUUCCUCUUGAUAGUGCAGUGAGAGCAAGAAGCCUUAUCUUUGAUGGGAGCAAUAAUCAUCUCUCUUCCAAUGCAAAUGAUUUGUUAUUGGGGGCUGGUCUCACUAAUCUCGAAUACGGAUACCUUUGUGAGUUCAUGGGUCGUUCCAUUUGGGCUCCACAAAUAUUUAAUUGUGGUGCACCUGACACAGGUAAUAUGGAGGUAUUACUGCGUUAUGGAAAUAAAGAACAACUGCAAGAAUGGCUAGUUCCUUUGCUUGAGGGGACAAUUAGGUCUGGAUUUGCUAUGACGGAACCACAGGUUGCAUCUUCUGAUGCAACCAAUAUUGAGUGUUCUAUUAAAAGGCAAGGAGAUUCAUAUAUUAUCAAUGGGACAAAAUGGUGGACAAGUGGUGCUAUGGAUCCAAGAUGUAGAAUUCUUAUAGUCAUGGGGAAAACUGACUUCAAUGCAGCUAAGCAUAAACAACAAUCGAUGAUCUUAGUGGAUGUCCAGACUCCUGGUGUUCACAUAAAGAGACCAUUGACGGUGUUUGGCUUUGAUGAUGCUCCUCAUGGGCAUGCAGAAAUAACUUUUGAAAAUGUUUGUGUGCCAGCGAAAAACAUCCUACUGGGGGAAGGACGUGGAUUUGAGAUUGCUCAGGGUAGGCUUGGUCCUGGAAGGCUGCACCAUUGUAUGAGACUGAUAGGUGUUGCUGAGCGCGGCAUGCAGUUGAUGGUUCAAAGAGCCAUCAGUAGAAAAACAUUUGGAAAGUACAUUGCUCAACAUGGUUCAUUUCUCUCUGAUAUGGCCAAGUGUCGAAUAGAGGUAGAUAGGACCAGAUUGUUAGUGUUGGAAGCCGCUGACCAACUUGAUAGGCUUGGGAACAAAAAUGCUCGGGGGAUACUAGCAAUGGCAAAGGUAGCUGCACCGAACAUGGCACUGAAGGUGCUUGACAUGGCAAUGCAAGUGCAUGGAGCAGCUGGUGUUUCAUCUGAAACCGUUCUAGCUCAUCUCUGGGCAGCUUCAAGGACACUGAGAAUCGCUGAUGGUCCAGAUGAAGUUCACUUGGGGACCAUUGCCAAGCUAGAACUGCAGAAAGCCAAGCUUUGAAAUCCUGAACACUUUUCUCCCCAGGGCUAAAUCAAAGUCAUCAAAUUACACCAAGAAAAUGUUCCUAGGAGAAAAAUAUCCGUGUUUCAAAAUGCUUUUGGAAGCAUUAUGUUACAUAGGAGGUUAUUCAAAAUCAGGUUUGAAAAUUGUUACUUUAAAUUCCUUAGUUAAAUAUCACAACCCAGUGGUUUACUGAAAGAAGAAAUUCGUGAGUAUGCAGUAUGUUAUUUAAGUUGAUAGUAAAAACCUGGAUGGCUUAAUAAGCAUAUAAAAAAGUAUAUAGAAU